GGGAGGAGUAUUUACACCUCGCCGCCUCAAUUUGGCGCUCGCUACACAAACAGACGGGAGCCUCCAGUGAGCGGCAGCAGCAGCAGCGAUGGCGGCGGCGGACGACGACGAGGUGGUCCGCGAGUUCGGCCCGAUGCUCCGGGUGUACAAGAGCGGCCGCCUGGAGCGGCCCAUGGUGGCGCCGCCCGUCGGGACGGGCCACGACGACGCCACCGGCGUCGACUCCAGGGACGUCCACCUCGGCGACUACUCCGCGCGCCUCUACCUGCCCGCGGCGGCGGCCGGGGGCGAGCGCCUCCCCGUUGUUGUGUAUGCUCAUGGCGGGGGGUUCGUGGCGGAGUCCGCCAGGUCCCCCAACUACCACCGCUUCCUCAACCGCCUCGCCGCCGCCUGCCCCGCCGUCUGCGUCUCCGUCGACUACCGCCUCGCGCCCGAGCACCCUCUCCCGGCCGGCUACGACGACUGCCUCGCGGCGCUCCGGUGGGUGCUCUCCGCCGCCGACCCGUGGGUGGCCGCGCACGGCGACCUCGGCCGGCUGUUCGUCGCCGGGGACAGCGCCGGCGGCAACAUCUGCCACCACCUGGCCAUGCACCACGCGCACCCGGACGUGCCGCGACUCAGGGGCGCCGUGCUGAUCCACCCCUGGUUCUGGGGCCGGGAGGCCGUCGGCGAGGAGUCGCCCGACCCGGAGGGGCGCGCCCAGGGCGCCGGGCUGUGGCUCUUCGCGUGCCCGGGGACGAGCGGCAUGGACGACCCGCGGAUGAACCCCAUGGCGCCCGGCGCGCCUGGGCUGGAGCGGCUGGCGUGCGACAGGUUCAUGGUGUGCGCGGCGGAGGGGGACUUCCUCAGGUGGCGCGCCCACGCCUACGCGGGGGCCGUGGCCGCGGCGAAGGGCGAGGCGACGGUGGAGGUGCUGGAGACGGCCGGGGAGGGCCACGUCUUCUACCUCUUCAACCCCGACGGCGACAAGGCCAAGGAGAUGCUCGACAGGAUGGUCGCCUUCGUUAACGCCGACACCGCGUGAUCUCUCGCUAGCUCCGGCCUCCGGUGUUCCGCUCGUCAUUAAUUGCGAAUGUGAAAUUUUUCUACAAAAAUAUCUCUACUUGAUGAACCAGUCUGUGCGGUUGUGCGCCGUCGUGUUGCUCUUUAGUGAUGGUGAUUAAAUAAAUGAAUGGUUGUUAUCGUACUACCAGCUGAACAGUGUGUUACGGUGAUACUGUCUGCGUCGAAAAAAACAAAAAAUAAAAAGGAACGAGCGUUGUUUGGUUAGGACAGGUUACUAACCAACCAUUA